AUGUCCGGUUACGAUCAAUACAACCAGGGCGGCUACGGUCAGCAGCAGGGUGGCUACCCCCCUCAGCAGGGCUACGGUGGUCAGCAGGGCUACGGUCAGCAGGACUACAACCACCAGCAGCAGCAGCCUUACGGCCAGCAAGGCUACCAGCAGCACAGUGGCUCAUCCGACUACUACAACCAAGGCCAACAGGGCCAAGGCCAGUAUGGCCAGCAACACAGUGGCUCAUCUGAGUACUACAACCAGGGCCAGCAGCACGGCUAUGGCGAGAACAACUCCCAGUAUGGUCAAGGCCAAGGCCAAGAUUACAACCGCCAAGGUGGCUACGAGCAGCAGGGUGGUCCCGAUGGAGCCCAGGAGGGCGAGCGUGGUCUUGCUGGCGCUCUCGCCGGUGGUGCCGCCGGUGGUUUUGCCGGUCACAAGGCUAACCACGGCUUCCUCGGAACGAUCGGUGGAGCCAUUAUGGGCAGCAUUGCCGAGGAUGCUAUCAAGAAGCACCGCAACAACAACCGUGAUGAGAACCCCAAUGGCCCCCCUCCCCCGGCUACGGUGGUGGCUACGGCGGCCCUCCCCCCUCCAACAGCGGUAGCUCCGGCAUGA